GCCACAGUCAAAAGCGUUCUGCUGUUUAUUCGCUUUGUUUGAUAUUGCUUUUUCAAGGUGUUAGAAACUUAUUCUAUCCAAUUAAAACAAAAUGAUUAAGUCUAUCUUACGGGUAAUUAAAUUGCCCAUGAUAGCGGAACGCGUGUUAGCUAAUAAUAUAUCGGUUCUUGCUUCUUCAAGUUUUAUAACCUCAAGGAACAUCUGCACUACCUUGUUAUGCAGCAAAGAAAUUCGAAUGGUGAACGAAAAAGUGAAGGUUGGCAAGAACUCGAAAUUUUCAAUGGAACUGGAAGGCGAAUAUACAGUUGAUACGAGUACGAAUCAGCAGGAAUUACAAUUUCCUGAUGCAGAUACACCAAACAGACUCUUCAAUGGUAUACCAUAUAAAGAAUUGCAUAUUGUCAACAUAAAAUCAACACCUAAUAAUACAAUUAUGAAUUUUACUGAUCAUGAAGGCACAGUAUUAUCGUUACAUUCAUCUGGUAUAGAAGGUUUUAAGAAUGCUAGAAAAGGAACAAACAUUGCUGCUCAACAAGCAGCUAUAACAUUUGGUCAUCGUAUUCUAGAGUAUGGUAUAAACACAGUAAGAAUACGUGUUCAAGGUAUUGGACCAGGUAGAAUGUCUUCUGUAAAAGGUUUACAAAUGACAGGAUUGAAUAUUGUAUCGGUCACGGAUGAUACUAGAGUCAGUUUUACAUUAAAACAAAGACCACGAAAACAAAGAAGAGUAUAAUUACUUUGUUUUAUUAUAUGUUAUA